GCCCUCCGAGGGGACAGGCCGGAGUGGAGUCGCGAGAGCUCCGGAGUCCGGAGCCGGAGUCCCGCAGCCUGCGCGCUACCCGCACGGUCGGUGGGAACGACGCGACUGCGGAGGGGGUGCGGGGAGGAGGCCGUGCAGUUCCCGGGGCCAAAGCCGCGCUGGGAGUCCAGACGCCAUGUUCAACCAGCAGCAGCAGCAGCAGCUCCAGCAGCUGCAGCAGCAGCUGCAACAGCAGCAGCAGUUGCUGCAGCUCCAGCAGCUGCUCCAGCAGUCCCCGCCGCAGGCCCCGCUGGCCAUGGCGGUCAGCCGGGGGCUCCCCCAGCAGCCGCCGCAGCAGCAGCUUCUGAAUCUCCAGGGUACCAGCUCGGCUUCCCUCCUCAAUGGCUCUGUGCUACAGAGAGCUUUGCUUUUGCAGCAGUUGCAAGGACUGGACCAGUUUGCAAUGCCACCAGCAACGUAUGACAGUGCCGGUCUCACCAUGCCCACGGCAACAUUGGGUAACCUCCGUGGCUACAACCUGGUAACCCCAAGCCUGACAGCCCCCAGCCUGACACCCCCUCAGCUGGGCACCCCAAAUCUGCAGCAGUUCUUUCCCCAGGCCACUCGGCAGUCGCUGCUGGGUCCCCCUCCUGUCGGGGUCCCCAUAAACCCCUCCCAGCUCAACCUUUCGGGGCGGACCCCCCAGAAACAGGCCCGGACCUCUUCUGGCACCCCCAAUUGCAAGGAUUCUUCUUCCCAGACGACGCCUGUGGAAGACGGGGCAGACCCCCCAGAGGGGUCUGAGGAAGCCACAGAGCCCCGAACAGACACACCAGAUCGAGAUUCCCCUCCCUGCCCAGAUGGCAUCGCUAAGGAGAAUCAUGCUCCAGCACCUGAGCCAGAGUCUUGUGAGGCAUCUGAGCCACCAGCUAAAAGGUCUAAGAGCUCAGAGGAACCCACAGAGAAGGGGCCCCCAGGGCAGCUACAGGCGAAGGUCCAGUCACAGGCCCGGAUAACAGCACCGAAGCAGACACAGACACCUGAGCUGCUGCCUGAGCCACCAGAAGCCCGAGUGCUGCCACGAUUCCAGCCACGGGUUCUGCAGAUCCAGGCGCCGGUGCAGACACAGACUCAGCCACAGAUGCCACCAGUGGACACCCAGGUGCAACCAAAGAUGCAGAAGCAGGCACAGACACAGACCAUUCCAGAGCACUUAGUGCCACAGCAGCUGCAGCUCCAGAAAGAAGAGGCGGAGCCACUGAAGCAGGUGCAGCCACAAGUGCAGCCACAGGCACAUUCACAGCCCCCAAGGCAGGUACAGCCACAGCUGCAGAAGCAGGCACAGACGCAGACAUAUCCACAGGUCCAGGCAGAAGCACAGCCCAAGGUCCAGUCAGUGGAGCAUCCACCGGAGCAACCUCCCUUACAGUCGCCAGUGCAUCCACCCGACCGGACCCAGGAACGGCCUCAGACCCAGCCACAGGUGCCAGCAUCAGAUCCAGCACUGGUUCCGGUUCAUUCCACUGUGCCAGAGAUGCCGCCUAAUACGGUAGAAGCUGGAACGGGCCUGGAGGAGGCCUUGACGGAGCCAGUGGGCGCCCAGGCCAGUGUGGAGGGGACCCAGGAGGAGCUGACCGGUGGCCUGGAUGUGGGCGAAUGUGAAAAAAGAGCCGGAGAGAUGCUCAGGGUAUGGGGUGCCGGGGGCUCCCUGAAGGUCACCAUCCUGCAGAGCAGCGACAGCCGGGCCUUCAGCACUGUACCCCUCACACCCGGGCCCCGUUCUGGUGACUCUACCUCUGCCACCCCUGCCGCCACCAGCACGCCCUCUAAGCAGACCCUUCAGUUCUUCUGCUACAUCUGCAAGGCCAGCUGCAACAGCCAGCAGGAGUUCCAGGACCACAUGUCGGGGGCCCAGCACCAGCAGCGACUCGGGGAGAUCCAGCACAUGAGCCAAGCCUGCCUCCUGUCCCUGUUGCCUGUGCCCCGGGAUGUCCUGGAGAGAGAGGACGAAGAGCCUCCUCUGAAGCGCUGGUGCCACACCUGCCAGGUCUACUACAUGGGAGACCUGAUCCAGCACCGCAGGACACAGGACCACAAGAUCGCCAAACAGUCCCUGCGACCUUUCUGCACCGUUUGCAACCGCUACUUCAAGACUCCUCGCAAAUUUGUGGAGCACGUGAAGUCCCAGGGGCACAAAGACAAAGCCAAGGAGCUGAAGACUCUCGAGAAGGAGAUAGCCGGCCAAGACGAGGACCACUUCAUCACAGUGGACGCCGUGGGCUGCUUCGAGGGUGAUGAGGAGGAAGAGGAGGAGGAGGACGAAGAAGAAAUCGACGUUGAUGAGGAAUUCUGCAAGCAGGAAGCGUCAGUGAAGAUGAUGACGACGGCGAGCAGUCAACAUUUUUUUGAGCACCUACUACGUGCCAGACUUGCACCCAGCACUUUCCUGCAGAAUCUCACCAACCUGGAUGCCAGGAAGUGCGACUCCAGAGCCUGUGCUGGGAACGCCCUCGCUCCUCUGUCGUCCAUGAGUGGGGAGCUGGAGGGUCCUGGAUUCUUUUCCGUUUAACCAAAGUUUCCAGGGCACCUUUUCUGGGCCAGGCCCUGGUGCUGGACACCAGGGAUUCGUGGGGACCAAGGCCUGGCCCCUGCUCUCACAGAGCUCCCGUUACGGUCUAGGGUGGUGACGGAGCACAGAGGGGCUAUGGAUGGAGGGUUGUGAGGGUGGCCCUCAGCCCUGAGCAGCUUCGGGCUGAAGCCAGCUGUGCUUCUCAGUGGUCAGCAUUAGUGUCCUCGGCAAGCCUCUUGGCCUCUCUCAGCCUCAGUUUUCUCUGCUCAGAAGUAGUAGCCCCAGCUCAGGCUAUGAGGAAGGGUUGCAGCCCAGGGUGGCAAACAGAAGUAGGUUCACUCUUUGAAGUCAUGUUUGCCUGGGACACAGUGCAAGGCACUGCUAGGCAUGGCGGGGCUGACGUGGCUGGAGUCAGAUAGCCUUGUCUGGAAGGGGCAUAUGUCCAGCAGGUGUGAUGAAGGGUCCUAGAUCACUUGAAACUCACAACCCCCCAGGACUGAGGUCACUGCAGCAUCAGCUAGGAACUUAGGGACCUGGCAGGGGGCUUACAGUUAAGAAUGUAACCAGGACUUGGGACCCACCAGGGUUCACCACCUUGCACCUCCCCAAGCCAGCUGUGUAACCCCAGGCACGUGAGUGGGCCUCGGUUUCCUAUUAUGUAAAAUGGGUGAACCACAGAAGAUUGUUGUGAACAUUCAGUGAGGUGACAUGUGUGAUGUGUUGGGCACACCUGGGAUGUAUUAUGGCCACUGGGAGCAGGAGGGCUUCCUGGAGGAGGGGACUGAAAGCAUAGAUUGGGAAGGGUACUCUGGGAGGCAGGAUCAGCUGUGCAGAGGUUCAGAGAAUGCCACCCACAACCUCCUCGAUAUCAAGGGGACGGUAUGUUGAAGAGCAUGGGUGGGUCCCAGGGGUCCCCUCACCUGCAUUCAGGGGAUGGGGUCU